GUAUUUUCCAGAUCUACCCAACAUAAGUUACACCAAAAUUGUCUCCUGUUCUACUCGCCUUGUCCCUCUCGUAUCAAAUACAACACUUUCUGUGUGUAAAUUGUUGAAUUCUAAUGCUUGUGUGUGUAAUCUCUGCUCAAACCUUUAUUAAUUCACAUAUUUCACUGCCAAUUAAACUUUAAUAACACACGCAUACACACGUUUUUGUUGAUUUGAUUCGAAUGAUGUGGAGUACAAGUCUAGCGAGUUUUAAAGAGAAUCUCAAUAAGAUAGCGCAAGAUGUUCAUGAUGAUGAUGACGAAUAUGAGGAUUCGUCGAUCUAUAACUCAAAUGAUCGUAAUGAUUCUCCGGUGUCGAAUCGCAGAUUUUCUGAUCGCUCGUUUUCGUAUACGAAUUCUCCUCUUUCCAAUGGUUUCGACUCAGCUCACAAUUCUGAGAUAGAACAAUACAGAGCUCAAAUCAGGAAGCUUCAGGAUUCUGAGGCUGAAAUUAAGGCAUUAUCAGUCAAUUAUGCUGCAUUAUUAAAAGAAAAAGAGGAUUACAUAUCUAGGGUGAAUGAGGAAAAUUCUUCUUUAAAGCAAAACUUGGCUAAUGAGCAGUCUGCCAACCGUCAGUAUAAGGCUGCAAUAAGAAAACAUUCAAGUGGAAGCCCAACACAGAAUGGCUCUGCCUCGAAGCAUGAUAUAAUUAGCAAUGGAAUUGCAAAUAUUACACAUACUGGUGGCAGUCAAAGUACGAUUGAACCAAGACGUUCUAGUAUUCAAGGUAAUGAGAAGGAUCUUGCUCUACUAGAAGAACGAAAUCGGCAGCUUGAAGCUAAGCAAUCAAGUCAGGAGUUGAAGAUAACACAACUGGGCAUGGAACUUGAUAAAGAACGUAACAGAUUGGCAGACAUAAAUAGGAAGUUUCAAGAUGAACGAACCAUGGGCUUAUCUAUUCAAGAAGAGCUGCACAAUUUGAAAGCGGACAAAGAUAAAACGUGUGUUGAGAUGAACCAAAUUCGCAAUGACUUGAACCACAAGAUAUCGGAAAUAGGCCGACUACAAGUGGAGUUGAAUAAAAGAGAUAAUACAGAAGCGGAUGUAUUAGUAGAGAAUUUAAAACACGCAAUCACAUCUUUAGAGGAGGAGAAUAGCAAUCUCAAGAAGGAGAAAGAUCAACUCUUUGCCUUGAAAGCUACAUCCCAAAAUGUUACUCCUGGUGUUCCUGAGAAAUCAAAUACAUUAUCUAAUAGUGUUAAUGAGGUGUCUAGAGAUUUUCCUGGUAAAGAAGAGAUGGAAUUAUCCAUACGAAAAAUGGCGAGAGAUCUGAAGGAUGCAUGCCGGGAAAAGGAAAAAGCACUGCAACAACUUAAUCGUCUUAAGCAGCAUUUGCUAGAGAAGGAAUCCGAAGAAUCUGAAAAGAUGGAUGAAGAUAGCAAGAUCAUUGAAGAACUUAGAGGGCAUAAUGAGUAUUUAAGAGCUCAAAUAUUACAAAUGGAGAAAGCUCUGAAGCAGGCCAUUGCGAGUCAGGAGGAAGUUCAUUUCAAAUAUAAUGAGGAACUCAAAAAGUCAAAGGAAAUCAAUGAUGACCUUAAUAAAAAGCUAUCAAGCUUCCGGAACACAUUAAACGCUAAAAAUGAUGAACUUUUAAACCUGCAAACUGCUCUAGGCCAGUACUAUGCUGAAAUCGAAGCGAAGGAAGAUUUGGAAGAAAAAUUGGCCAGUGCGAGAGAAGAGUCUGCCAAGCUUACUGAACGUCUAAAGGAUGCAUAUCAGCAAGCAGAGAUAAUGAAGAGUGAUAAGGAAGAAAUCUUAGCAAAACUUUCGGAGGCUGAGAGACUGUUAGCCGAUGGUAAAAGUAGAGUAAAUAAGAUCGAGGAAGACAAUGCAAAGCUUCGUCGUGCUCUUGAACAGAGCAUGACAAGGCUUAAUAGAAUGUCAAUGGAUUCUGAUUAUUUUGUUGACAGGCGCAUUGUGAUUAAGUUAUUGGUGACAUACUUCCAGAGAAACCACAGCAAGGAGGUCCUAGAUCUUAUGGUUCGCAUGCUUGGGUUUACGGACGAAGACAAACAGAAGAUAGGUGUUGCCCAGCAAGGUGCAGGAAAAGGUGUUGUUCGGGGUGUGUUGGGGUUACCAGGUCGUCUUGUAGGCGGUAUCAUGGGUGGAAGUCCAGCUGGAAGUUCUGCAAGCACAGCAUCUGAUAAUCAGUCAUUUGCGGAUCUAUGGGUUGAUUUCCUUCUCAAAGAGACUGAAGAAAGAGAAAGAGCUAAGAAUGAAUCUGCACAAGAUCAACAUGGUGCCGACCCCGGUACUGCAGGAUCACCGAUUUCCAGCAGAACAGACACAGUUCCUGUUGCAGCCUCUGGUUUGUCAAGAUGGAAUUCCCCACUGAACCAGGAACAGACCACAUUGUUGCCACAUGGGAACCUUCAAAUCGAAAAUACUGAUUCUGAAUUUUCAACUGUUCCUUUAUCUGAAAGCAAUCCUCAACUUUCCAGAUUGCUCCCCAGAUACUAGGACUCCUACAGUCCUGCAUUCUGUAAAUUAUUCAAAGGACGUAAACAGGUUGGGAGCUAAACACAUUUUGUUGAGAGACUUGACUGACAAUGGAACAGGCAUCUCCUCAACAUAGGACAAACAUAAGACAGCUAUGUAUAAAAGGAUGGAAGAAAUUGACUGCGUGUUGAUAAGCAGAGAUUGAUGGAAGCUACAUAUUUUUGUCAGCUAUUUGGUCACCCUUUCACAAUGAUAAGAUGCAGAAAAGGCUUGUGUGUAAAAUGUAAAUAGAAGGACUUUGUUAUAUCUUAUACUCUAUAUCUUAUAUACCAUUGUUUGUCCAAGGAAGAUCGUUUUCAAAUUUUA